CGUACUGUAUGAAGAUGCUAAAAAUUAAUAUCCUUUCAGUGUAGCACAUGUUUCGAUUUCCUAAUAAUAACUUUGUUAUUGUAUUGAUACGUGUGUCAGCACUUGCUAUGUCUGACAGAUUAUUCUUUUUUGAGCUUCAAAGCUUUAAAUUAUUGUACAAAUGUGCAUCUGUCUUGUCGUGCGGGAUGACAGUGACACGGAUGGAUACCUUGUCCUGAAAUUGCAAAGUCGCAUUCUUUCUAGCUUUAUAAAGUCCCUCGAACUUUGAAGACCUUGUCGUCCUUGCAGAAAUCCAAGAUAUCUUGUAUUUUCCUAACAGUCUGCAUUGAAGUAUGACGGAGAAUCCAGUUGUAAAUGUUUGACAACAUAACAAAUGUUGCUUUAAUAACGCAUUCCCUCAUUGUGCUCUUCCUGUACAGUUUUGCUGUGAACAGUGAACAGCUCUGCUUCCUCCGGACAGAUUAGCAACAAUGUGGCCAUAUCAACCGCCUCAAGGACCAUACCGUCCCCCCUACCCACCACAGCCUUCCGCGGGGCUUCCGCAAAUGUACUACCAAGCCCCGCCGCCAUCAUCGGAGACCAUCGCGCAGAAUCUAGCUCUGGCAGCGGAACAGUGGGCGCGUAUGCAGGCCCCCCAAGGGCCCCCGGCCUACACUCACGACCCCUACAGUGCUCCGGCUUAUCCUCCCCCGAAUCCGUCAUAUCCACCGCCCGCCGCACCGCUUCAGCAACCAUACUACCCCCAAAACCCCCCUCCGUCAUUCCCACCGGAACCGAAGGCGUACGAACCCGACCAGCGGAUUCCCGGGGGGCCUCCUUCACAGCCGCCACCGUCCCAACCGUAUCAGCACACUGAGCAGUACAGAGGGGAAUAUCGUGCCCCGCUGCACGAUCAACCGAGUGGCCAGUUUGUGGAUGAUGGACGCUUUUCCGGCGCUCCACGCGGACCACCUCCGGUGUUCGCCGGUCGGAUGCCCGCGCCUGUCCCGGUUGGAGGGGAUCCGGCGCAACACUUUCCGAAUCAGCAGCAGUUUCCGCCAUACGGACAGCCUCCAUCGGAUCACUCGCGAUUCCCUCCGCCGGUUGAUGGAUUUGGGAGACCGAUGUGGAAUCCACAACAGCCGCCGCCUCGCUAUCCUCCGCCGGAAGUUCCGGCCCCUCAUCCUCCGGUUGAGCCGUACUACAAUUAUUCACUGAAGGGCGGACUGGAAUACAUCGAUCCCAACCAGCCAUCGCAGGAGUAUUACGAUGAAUCUUCCCUGGCCUAUCAGAACUUCGACUUUGAGUCCAUGGCCCAAAUGCACAGUGCCGAAGCAAUUAAGAAACUUCCACCGUGGAUUCGAGAGGGACUGGAGAAACUUGAAAGGGAAAAACAGAAGGAGCGAGAGAAGCAACGGUUUAUGCAGGAAUAUGAAUCGCGCAUUAAGGAUGGAACUGAACCCAAAGAGCGUGCUUCCUCAGCCAGUGAGGAUGAAGAGGAAACGGAGAAGCGACGGUCGCGUUCCGGCUCAGCGGUAUCGAUGAGAAGUGUCUCGCGAACACCGUCGCCUCUUGGAGCCGAAGAUCGACAGCGGCUGGUAAUUCAGGCAACUAAAGAUCUGGUUACGACCAUUUUGAUGCAGUCCACGGGCAGAGUAUUGGAGAAAGCCUGCCUGGAGCAGAUAGAAGCGAAGAAAGCUGCUCUGAAACAAGCCGCAGCUCAACCGGUUAAGAAAUCUGCCGCCCUGGCCGCUCUUGCUCAAUUUGGCAGUAGCGAUGAAUCCGAUGAUGAGAAGGAUGUUAGCGGGCUACCACCGCCGCCUCCUGGUGUCUUGAAAAAGUUAGCCACGGCACAGAAGGUCAUGGAGCCGCCACCGGCAACUAAAUCCAGUAGUUCACGGUCGCCGUCACCGAAGAUAAAAAUGGAACCGAGCAAUGACAAACCGAAAAGCAAUCAUGAUACCGGAAGGGUUGUAGAAGCUACACCGGAGAAGCGUGAUGAUAAGGAAAAGAAAACUGAUAAGCGAACACGACGUAGCCGUAGUAGUUCCAGUAGUGCCAGCGAGCGGAACGGACGGCGACGAGACAUUCGGCGCAGAGAGGCGUUGGAGAACGAGAAAGGAAGGAAACGGACAGUGUCGGGCCGGCGGAGUUCUAGUUCAAGUAGCUCAAGUUCGCGUAGUGGUGAUCGCCGGCAAGGCAGAUUUCGAAGAAGUUCGUCAAGACAGCGCCGUCGUGAUUCUCCGAAUCGGUACGAACGGCGUCGAUCCCGAAGCCGUGAUAGCGAUCACAGGAGAACCCGCCCGCGACAAUCCUCACCAGUGCGAAAUGAUUCAUCCCGACACCGAGAGGAUCUGAAGAAAUCAGUGUCGUCGUCUGGAUCAGUGCAGCGACAAGAUUCCAAAGGCAGUGUGGAUAGCAGGAGCCAGAAGAGCGACCUCUCGGAACGAAAAUCGGACCGGAAGGCCGAUAAAUCGCUGGAAAACUCCAGGUCCGGAGAUCGGAGAUCGUCCGAACGGAGUAAGGAUGCGAAAGAAAAGAAUCGCAGAUCACCAGAACGGAGUAAGGACUCGAAAGAGAAGAAGCGAGAUGAAGAUAAGAAGAGGGAGACUGACAGAAAAAAUGACGAUAGAAAGAAAGAUAUUGAGCGGAAAGACAGUGGCAGAAAAGAUUCAACUGCUGAUGAAAAGAAAAAGAGUUCGACUGUUAAAUUGCAGAGUGUUGUGCGCCCCGCAUCGCCCAAGAGUAAUUCGCAAUCCUCACCUGAACGGAAUCACAGGAAAAGCCACCUUUGGGCUUCUCCUUCGUGUCUUUGGCUUUCUGCUUGGUUUUGGGAGAGAUCAAAUCAUCUGCUGGAUUCUUCAAUGGCUGGAUACCGAACCAGUCCUCCAUUAAGCCAAACGGUCCGUCUUUCCGCCAUUUCCGUACUCCGAUGUAGGCAAUAAAGGCUAGCGAACCCACAAGAGCGAUGGCUGUUAAUGACAUCGCUGGGAGCCGUUUUGGGGCAAAAUUUCUCCAAAUUUGUAUGCGUACUGGUUCUGCCUUUGUUAUGUUAAAUGAAAGAUACGGAAUAUUUCUUUGUUAUAUUGGUGGAGGGAUCGAGAUGUAGAUUGACUGAUUCUACUUAAUGGUAUUGGAAAGUCUGUGUUGGGAUUACUGAAUAGUUUGUAUAAAAAAGUUUGUAUAAAAAACUGGAAUUUUGUAUUCACGCU